GUCAAGAAUCUGUACGCCUGCCGAGCGCUACCCCAAAUUACUGCUAUUCCUACUUUAAGAGUCGUAUUUCAGAAUUUACUAUGCUCUCUUGUUGGUGUCGUUGCUAGGUCGGUAAAACCUGUCCAGUUAUGAGUAGUGAAGUCGAUUAGUAUUAUGUGGGAUUCCGAAACUGUUAGGCGUUUGCGUUUACCGUGCGCCACGAGCCUGCCGCGUGUUGGAUUGUGUCGACAUCUGUUGGAGCACUGUCCACGGUGCUGAAAGUCCAGAGUCUUACCCUAAGUGGCGAACAGAGGCAGCUGAGGCGUUCCCGGGUAUAUGUAUAUGCAACUCAGAUCUUGAGAUGACUCGGAAAAGGCUGCGCUCUGUAGCUGUAUGGGGAUUCUUCGCGUGGGAAAUAGCUGUGUUGCUCAGUCUGGUGGCGUCUAAAGAGCCAGAGAGUCCUCGGGGGAGAGCAGUGCAUCCUCCGUCACCCUCUGACUUCUUGGACAAACUCAUGGGGAGAACCUCAGGCUACGACGCCAGAAUUAGGCCCAACUUUAAAGGUCCUCCUGUGAACGUAUCAUGCAACAUAUUCAUCAACAGCUUUGGCUCCAUAGCUGAGACUACAAUGGACUACAGAGUGAACAUCUUCCUCCGUCAAAAGUGGAACGACCCCAGGUUAGCGUACACAGAGUACCCUGACGGUUCUCUGGACCUGGACCCCUCUAUGUUGGACUCUAUCUGGAAACCUGACUUGUUCUUCGCCAACGAGAAAGGGGCCCAUUUCCACGAAGUCACCACAGACAACAAGCUGUUAAGAAUAUUCAAGAACGGCAACGUCCUCUAUUCUAUACGAUUGACAUUAACCCUUUCCUGUCCGAUGGACCUGAAGAACUUCCCCAUGGACGUACAGACGUGUAUCAUGCAGCUAGAGAGCUUUGGCUACACAAUGAACGACCUGAUCUUUGAGUGGCAGGAGAAUGGACCAGUCCAGGUAGCUGAUGGGUUGACCCUCCCACAGUUCAUAAUGAAGGAUGAGACAGAUCUGAGAUACUGCACAAAGCACUAUAACACAGGGAAGUUCACGUGCAUCGAGGUGCGUUUCCACCUGGAGAGACAGAUGGGUUACUACCUGAUCCAGAUGUACAUCCCCUCUCUCCUCAUCGUCAUCCUCUCCUGGGUCUCCUUCUGGAUCAACAUGGACGCCGCGCCCGCUAGGGUGGCACUGGGCAUCACCACCGUGCUCACCAUGACCACCCAGAGCUCCGGUUCUAGAACGUCUCUACCUAAGGUGUCCUAUGUGAAGGCCAUCGACAUCUGGAUGGCGGUGUGUCUGCUCUUCGUGUUCUCCGCUCUGCUCGAGUACGCCGCCGUCAACUUCGUCUCCAGGCAACACAAGGAACUCUUAAGACUCCGCCCGCGGAGAACGAAGAAGAAGGACGACGACGUGAGGGAGAGCCGCCUCAGCUUCACCGCCACGACCGGCGGUGGCGGCACAGCGGUCAAGGACGGCACCAUCCCGAAGGCCACCAACAACACCGCCACCACCCUGGGCGCCGCGGGGCCACAGCCCACCCAGCAGCCCAAAAAGGACCCGGCCGCCAAGAGCCACGAAGAGAUGAGAAAGCUGUUCAUCGACCGCGCCAAGAAGAUCGACACGGUAUCGCGGGCGGGUUUCCCCCUGGCCUUCCUGUUUUUUAACAUUUUCUACUGGGUCCUGUACAAGAUUCUGCGGGCUGAGGAUGUGCACAAGGACUAGUACAGAACACUACAGUACAGUAGGGUACAUUACAGUACAGUACAGUAGGGUACAUUACAGUACAGUACAGUA